CGAAAGCCCCAUCAGGGUUUGAAACGCUUGCGCUGAAACGCUUGCGAGAGAUUGAUCGAAUCUAUCAAGAGGUCGGCGAUGGCGCAGCACAAGAGGCGAUCGACUCAAAACUAAGAAACCAUAAAAUGGGGCAAACUUCACUGACUUUGUGGGUCUGUCGAGCUUCAGUUCUUCGAUCCAAAUGCCUGCACUACGAUGCAAUACAUUCCUUUUGGAUUGCACAUUCCGGACAUUAAGAAGCGCUUUGCAAUCCACCAUGCUGUCAAAAGAUACAUUGAAGCUGGCCAUCACGACAGUGUUAUCAGAAGCGGGUGCCGCAUUCGGGACAUAACUCCUCCGAAAAGAAUACGAUGCAAGAAAAUCAUACCUGGUCCCCAUCAUCAUCCUGUUCCUCAGAGAAGUGUGAUCACUGGAAAACUCGGGCCUAAAGAUAACAUCAUACCUCCUCGCUGCGCUCUUGGUCCUCAGUUACUCUCUCCCGGCGGUCACUACAACGAAGAUGUCAUCGAUGGCAGAUUCAUCCCGAAACAACUAAAACCUGACAAGAUCACGAUAGGACACCAGCCAUUCAAGAAGGAAGAAGUUAAAGACAACUUCUUCAAAGUUCACCAGGCUCGCCAAGAUCACGCAACGUAUAAGCUCCGGACGCACGCAGCAUUGACAGAGUUUUUGUACGAGGCCAAAGAUCGAGCGGGCGAAGUUUUUAACAAGGACGAAUUCUCCAAAGUAAGGCCCAGCACUGCUCCAGCGGCGUCGCCGGCAAAACCUCUUAAGAAGUGAAAGCUUUCGAACAAGCAAGAGAGAGCUUUCAUUCAAAGAAUUUUGGAAGUUUUGUUUAGCGUCUAUGAUUAAUGUAAUCACGGCCAGAAUAUCCCUUU